UGAGACCCUUUCGUUAGGCGAUACGACGUCAUUACUCUGUUCACGAUGUCUUCAGCAAUGACCGCCGCGCUCAGACAGACCGUCAACAUCGGACGGAUGCAAGGAACCGCCGUCAGACGGUGCAUGACCAGUGGCGCCAGGAACAACACCAACACCAAGUCCUCGAGCUUCAUCCCCGCCACCAACACGAACUGGAUUCGGGCCCAACACACUACUGCCGCCGCUGCUGCUGCUGCCGUCCACACCACCACUACCACGAUGAGACCUCACCCCGAGCCGUCGUCCUCCUCCUUUUCAACCACCCCCAAAACAGCCCAAAUGGAAAUCGACCACUUCCGCUCCAUCCCCUGGGUCGCCAAGCACCUCUCGAAACCCCACCUCGUCAUCACCCAAGCCGACAGCCGCAAGCCCAAGCCAGGCCACUGCGACGUCCUGUUUUCCCAGACGCUCAACAGCCCCGAGACCAUCUCGGCCUACAUCACCACCGUCGACGGGUCCGAGGAAGGGCUCAUCACCGAAACUGUGGCUUUCCUGACGCUCGGCAACAAGCUCAACGGCUGGCCGGGCGUCUGCCACGGCGGCAUGGUCAUGGCCAUGAUGGACGAUCUGACGGGCCAGCUGUUCACCCAGAACAAGAAGCUCAAGAGGAUGCAGAACCUCCCGCUUAUGACGGCGUACCUGAACACGACCUUUGUGAAGCCGGUGAGGACGCCGUGCACGAUUAUGGUCCGGUGCAGGAUUACCAAGGUGGAGGGACGCAAGUAUUGGAGCGAGGCGGCGAUUAUAGUGGAGGAUGAGACGACGGGGGAGGAGGUCGAGCUGGCGAGGUGUGAUAGUUUGUUUGUCAUGUUGAAGAGUAAUCUUUGAAAUGGAUUGGGAAAAGGGGGGGUGUGUGUGAAGGAAGAGAUAGGGAUAUACCCAUAGACGGGGAUAGAAGGAUGGAUAGACAGGUAUGGCUUGGGAUAGACGGAUUAGAAUUUUUAGAAAGGGGGGGGGGGCCUUGCUUGGAUACGGUACCCCCCUGGUAGACCAUAGAUGGAGUUCAAAGGGCAUAUUAUAGAGAUACAGAUAGACUUUGUUGCGAACAUGGACGGAUUUCCUUUUAGACUACAUAUUAAUCGACUUAGGUAUUGGAUCAUCGCA